UUUUGGAGGAGACCGGAAGUGGAGCAGCUAAGAGGUGACCAGAAAUGGAAAGGAAAGUAAGCAGAAUUUGUUUUGCUUCUGAACCUGAUAUAAUUCAUUUUCUACAAAUUACUUGGGAGAGAACAUUAGGAUCUGGUUUUCUUAUUACACUUACUGAUGGUCAGUCAGCAUGGACUGGGACAGUUUCCGAAUCAGAAAUUUCUCAAGAAGCUGAUGACAUGGCCAUGGAAAAAGAGAAAUAUGUUGACGAACUGAGGAAAGCAUUGGCAUCAGGAGGAGGACCAACUGAUGUGUACCAGUUUGAUUUUUCUAAAGAAUCUUGUCAUUUCUCCUUUGAGAAAAACCUGAAAGAUGUUUCAUUUAGACUUGGUUCCUUCAAUCUAGAGAAAGUCACAAGUCCAGCUGAAGUCAUUAGGAAACUUAUUUGUUAUUGCCUGGACACCAUUGCAGAAAACCAAGCCAAAAAUGAGCACCUGCAGAAGGAGAAUGAAAGGCUUCUGAGAGAUUGGAAUGAUGUUCAAGGACGAUUUGAAAAAUGUGUGACUGCUAAGGAAGCCUUGGAGACUGAUCUCUAUAAGCGGUUUAUUCUGGUCCUGAAUGAGAAGAAAGCAAAGAUCAGAAGCUUGAAUAAAUUGUUAAAUGAAGUUCAAGAACCAGAAAGGAACAUUGAGCAUGAAAGGGAAGCCACAACAUGUUCUGGAAUGACUGCUGACAGAGAUGCCAUCUAUGAAGAAAGUACUGAUGAGGAAAGUGAGAACUUGCCUGGUUCCUCUUUGUUAGCUCCAGCUACUUCUGGAGGAGAUGAUUCCAUUAUUUCAAGUCCUGAUGUCACUGAUAUUGCACCAAGUAGAAAGAGGAGGCAGAGGAUGCAAAAAAAUCUUGGAACAGAACCUAAAAUGACUUCUCAGGUGAUUCAGCCUCCAGAAAAGGAAAAGCUUGAUCCUCCACAACCUGAGAAGUUGAAAAAGGAGCACAGCUCAGCUGAAAACAUGUCUUUAGAAACUCUAAGAAACAGUAGUUCAGAAGACCUCUUUGAUGAGAUUUAACUGUCUCAAAAGAGAAGCAUUUGCAACCAGGCGUCCUGUGAACGUGACUAAAUCGUAUCAUAGAAUCACUGAGAAUAUCCUCACUAUAAAGUAAUCACCAGUGUCCCUGGAGCCCUCACGUUGGUGUCAGCAUCUCCACCCAGGAUCCUCCGUCAGUCCUGCCUCAUAGCACGAUCCAGCAGCCUCUCUUUAUGAAGCGAAGUGAGAUUCAGUCCUUAUUUUAUUCCAUUUAAUUAAAGAACAGCCGAAAAAAUCGUGUCUUGCAUUUUCAACACAUGGUUCCAAUUAGCACAGCGGAGCAGGACCCUGAAUUUGAUAAAAGCACUGACGUGUACCUUUGGUGCCUGUACAAUGUAGUCUUUCAUUUUACAAGGUGGCUGAAGUGCAGUUUUAAAUAUCUUUUUUAAAUGUUAACAAAAACCCAGGGGUGUAAGCUUGGGAAAAUGAGAAGUGAACACAGUUUUGUUUGAAUUGCCUGCUGUAGACUUUUCGAACCUUAUAUUCAGAGGAUGCUUAUGUGGGAAAAUCUGCAGUGGGCAUUUACAGGCUUAUAUGCAAAAAGCAUUAUGGUUCAUCAGACUUACACUCAGAGGCUAUUAGAUGGGAGAUCCAUCACCUCAGGAAAUACCACUUACUGUACUGUAAAUUCGCUUCAUGUGACCAAUCUGCUCAAGAGGUAAUGGAAAUCCCAUUCCAAUAAAUUUGUUUCAGACCAGGCUAAAACUGAUAGGACAUUUGCCUUCAGUGGGACCCUUUCUGGGUAACUUCUGGAAGUUCAUAUGUUUUUAAAGAGGAACAUAAAACUUAGGUCCCAGAAUCUGGAAAUUAGAUGUGGAAAAGCCUAAUUUAGGUCAUCACAUCCCACCUCCUGCCAAAAUAAAGGAAACUAGUAAGAGGAAAAAGUAAGAUAAAACAAGUAAAAUAUUUUAUGACUGCUUCACAUGGUGUGUGUUCUAUGCCGUCCCAGAAACAGUGGAAUGAUUUUCCAUUUCAGGUCAUGGGAAAGCAUGAUGCCUUUAGUCCCAGAAGGGUGAGAUACUUAAGCUGUUAUAAGGCCCUGUGUGAAGGUUAACAACAAACCUCUUUGUGCCUGGCUUUUAUUUUCAGAGCUACCACUCCAUUCUUGGCCCAUAAUUCACAAACUAGAGAAAUGUGCCCAUCAAGAACAAACUCACUACCAAUUGCAUUCAGAAAUUUUAGCCCAAAGUGCCAAGGUAAGAACAAAAAUCUACAUAGAGUAAAGCUAAGUAAAUGAAUUUCUUAUAACUGCAAUUUAAGAAAAAUAGUCAUUGAGAUGGGCUUUCUGAUGGCUUCAUUGCUGGAGAAUGUAUCAGCAGAUUUACUUUGUGUCUUCCCUCCAUUCUCAGAACUAUAAAACAACUUUCCACUUUUUUAGAAGGAGCUCCAAAAUGUACCUGAAUGAAACCCCAUAGACAGGCCAUUCCUCAGCUUAUGCCCUCUACUGCCAUUUGCUCUAUGUCUUCACCCCGUGACUGAGAGGGAACUAACUGUGGCAUCUGUGAUUAUUUAUUUUUAAUAGGCUCACUAAUUAUCACCAUGAGUUAACUUACUAAUACAUAGAUGAUUAUUCUACAUUACGAAUGAGCCAUUAUAGAUUUAGAAUGUCUCUAAAUCUUCAAAUCACAGACUUAACUAAACUGUGCUAUAGGAACAUUUCCCAUUCUUUCUUGAAACCCACUCCAAUAACCAUCAUGUCUACCACUCCACCAAAGAGUUCUUUUCAAGGUCAGAAAGGAUCUUCAUGUUGCUAAAGUCAUUGGUCAUUUCUAGCCUCAUCUUAGUCACACUGAAACACUGAUAACUUAAGUCACACUUGGUCUCUGAUUCAUUGUUCUCUCUUGGUUUUCUUCCUAUUCCACUGGCUAUUCCUUCUUUAUGCCUUUUUUGCUUACUCCUAUUUUCUCAGUCUCUAUAGAGGGAUCAGUACUCAGACCUCUUUUCUUUACAUUAUUGGCUAAAUGGUCUCAUUUAGUCCAUGGCUUUAAGUAACUUUACAUGGUGAAAAAUAGCAACUGCCUCCUGGCCUCUCUUCUUGGAUGUACAAAUGACAUGGUAACUCUAACAUCAAAUUCUUUAUUUUCUCCUCAAACAUACUUCUUUAGCAGCCUUUUCCAUUUCAUAAGUAACAACUCUAUUCAACCAGUUGCGCAGACAAAAUCUUUUAGAGACAUCCUUGAAUCAUUUAUUUCUCUCCAAUCUCCAAUUUUAAUCUAUAAUCUUUAAUCUAUAUGUUCCAGUUAUAAGGUGCCAGUGAUCUUCCCCCAGCUCUAUUUCUUUGGCUUUUCCUCCGACCCUUCACUUACUUGCUCUAUCUCUAUUCCAGCCACAGUCAGGUCAUCAUUGUGCCUUGAACAUGCUGUUCCUCUGGCUGUAAUGCUCUUCCCUUCAGAUUAGCUAGAGUCACCUCCUUACUUUCUUCAUGUUUCUACUCAGAUUCCACGUUAUUGAGGGAGCCUUUCCUGAGCAUCCUAUGUAAAAUAGCACCUUUCUAGUUCUACCUGCCACACCACUGUUUCUCUUGCUGUCAUUAUUUUCCACAUCACUUUUCAGACCUCGCUUAUUAUAUAAUGUGUUCAUUUGUUUGUUGUCUGUCUCCUCUGGGCAGACUACAAACACCAUUAGAAGAGGGACUUAGUUUAUUUUGUACUCCCCUGUAAUCUCCUUUGCCUAGAGUGAUGCCGUAUGCACAGUAGAUCCUUAAUAGAUUUUUCUGAGUUAAUGGUUUAAAUUUUUAUCAUGGUAACUACAAGAGCAAUAAGGCGUGGGAAAUUUUGUCAGUUGGGCUCACUGACAUGUUACUGGAACAAACCCUUUACUGAAUCUGACAUGAAAGGUUGGCCUAAAUUAUAUCAGACUCUCUUAGCAUUUAUAGUGUUCAAGUUUACAUUUCUAUGUACAUAUCAUAUGUCCAAGUCCCAACAAUGUUAAGGCUUGAAAUGAGAUCAUAUUAACUUUACUAUUUUUUCUGAGUUUUAUUUUUGACCAAAUUUGUAUAUAUUUAAGGUGUACAGCAUAAUGUGGUUUUUGACAAUACAGUGUUUUUAUGUUUAUGUAUAUACUGUGAAAUGAUUACCACAGUCAAAGUAAUGAACUCAUUUAUUACCUCUCAUAGUUACAAUUGUGAGUGGGGGGGGGUGAGGACAUUGAAGAUCUACUCUCUCAGCAAAUUUCAGGUUUACAAAACAUUACUGAUAAUUAUAGUCCCCAUGCUGUACGUUAGAUCUCUAGAACCUAUUCAUCUUGUAAUUGAAAGUUUGUAACCUUUGAUCAAUAUCUCCCCUUUUCCUCCAUCCCUCUGCCUCUGAUAACCAUUAUCCCACCCUAUGUUACUUUAAGUAUGACUUUUUUUUUUUUUUUAAGAUUGAACAUUUAAUUGAA